ACACCAAGCAUCCCAAACCCAUCCCCUCGACCAACGUCCAAAACGCCCGCUCCAGCACCCACACCGAUCCAGCGCGAGCAACGAGAAAAGAAAGAGUCGCUGAAGAAACGGGAGAGCAACGCACUCAAUGGCUCUACCACCUCCACCACCCUGGGCAAGCGGAAAGCCGCCAAUGCCAACCUGGCCAUCCACUCCCCCCUCCGCUAUCCCCUUCGACAGCCUCUAGCGACCGACUUCGAGCUGCCGAAAGAAGAUGUCAUGGUCUCGCAUGAACCUUAUCCCUUCGAGAUGCCCGAUGGAGAAAGACAGCUGUACAAACCCGUUGAUCUGGCGGAAAACAAGAAGGGUUUUCGAUACACGCGAGCAAUCGCCGACCCUCACUUUCCGCACAAACAGUACUUUCGCAACACCUCUCCGCCCCCGCAUUACGCGCGACUGAGCUUCGAGGACGCGGACAAGCUGAUGCACUUCACUACGAAUGCGCUGAUUACGACGAAUGAGAAGGGAUGGCGGAUGGUGCGGUCGAAUGUGUGCGCGCGAGAGGGCACGCUCUACUAUGAGAUUAAAAUCCACCGUGGGGUGCCCGCCACCGGUCCCGAUCCAGAUGCGCAGGGUCCACAGCCACACGUCAGGUUUGGGUGGGCGAGGAGAGAAGCGCCUUUGGACGCGCCGGUUGGGUUUGAUGGGUACAGCUACGGCAUUACGGAUGUGCGAUUCGAGACCAUGCAUCGUAGUCGACCGGGGAAAUUCUACCAGGCGAAGAAGUCGAAAGCAAAGACUGUCAAAGGAGCUGCUGCGGCGCCGCAGUUCGUCACGCUUGCGCUGGAGGAUCAAGAUGUCAAGGAGGGGGAUGUGAUUGGGCUGGAAAUCCAACUACCCUCUCUCAACCUCCAUCAAAAGGUCGUUAGCGGCGUCUACAAUCCCGCCGUAGACGCCGGCGAUGGCUUCGACGACCAAGCACACACUCUCGAUCCCGGAGCAGAUACGCUUGACAUUGUGCGCGACCGCAUACCCGUCCUCUACAAGAGCAACACCUACUUCGAAGCCUUCGACCACGUGUCAACGAAACAUAUGGAGUCCUACGCCGACCGCACCACCAACCUCUCCUCUCUCGCCAGCCAAAUCAACUACUCCACCGGCAAAGACGCCAUCAAAGCGCCUCCCGGCCCGAACCACGAACAACCCACCUUGCGCACGCUCCCGCAAUCCACCAUCCGCGUUUACAAAAACGGGAAACCCAUCGGCACCGCUUUUGAAAACCUCCUCGCCUUUCUGCCUCCUGCUUCAGCUCCUAGCAAACUCCCGGCUGGUGGAAGGGAGGGCUUCGACGAUGGUCUGGUCGGCUAUUACCCUGCCGUCUCUUGCUUCUGGGGCGGCAUCGCGGAAGUGAAUUUCGGCAACGGGCGACAGGGCUUCUGGGCGCCGCCGGCACACCUCGCCCACACAAAGGACACACACAAUGUUCCUCCCCCAACGACGGCCGAGGGCCCCGACGUGGAAAUGCGGGAUGCGGGGAUCGAUGCGAGUGGUGCUAAGAACGGCUGGAAUCCGGGGCGGUUGUGCAGGCCGAUUGCGGAGAGGUAUCGGGAGCAGAUUGCGGAGGAUGUGGUGUGGGAUAUUGUGGAUGAGGUGGACUUUUUCAUGCAGGAUGGUGGGUUU